UAUGAUCCCAAUGGAAUCACCUGAUGUGGACUUGGAAGAAGAUCCCAAGCCAAAUGUAGUAUUUGAAAAAAUAUGGCAUUCGUUAGCCACUGCCACUCAUGUCCCAGACCAGUUUGAUUUUGAAGAUUUUGUUGCUGCAGAUAAUAAUCUAAUUGUUUCUCAAGAGACAGAGGACAGAGAAAUUAUUGAAAGUGUGCUUACUGAUGUUAAAAUGGAACCCCAAAGUGAAGAUGAACAUGAAGAAAUGGAUGCCCAACCAUCUGUGACUCAGAAGCCAUAGCAAGUAAUAAAUCAUCUUUAAUCAAGAUGUCUUCAGCACCUGAGCCCCCAACCUUUAAAAAUGAACCACUCAAAGAGAAAGACUCUCGAAUCCCAGGGCUCAGGGGGACCCGCACAACCACCUUAUUUCGAGCUGUGAAUCCAGAGCUUUUCAUUAAACCUAACAAACCUGUUAUGGUUUUUGGAAUGAUAACACUUACACUUUGCGUGGCUUACAUUGGUUACCUACAUGCAACUCAAGAAAAUAAAAAGGACCUCUAUGAAGCUAUUGACAGUGGGGGAGCCAGAUAUAUGAGGAGAAAAACAUCCAAAUGGGAUUAAUAGUGCUGAUUACUACAGAUAGAGCUGUAGUAAGGACUCUGAGAUCUUCAGAUGAAAGAUUAUCUGUACCAGGUAUCAUGUUUAUUAUCUUGUAUUUUAUGUUCAUGUGGAAAGAACAUAACAGUUUGGCAUCCAGAUUUCUUCAUUAAAUUCUGUCUUUCAUAGCUGCAGUCCCCUUUCCUUUACAUAUACACAAAAAGUUCAAUAUUUUCUUCCUAGCAAAGCCUCUUGCAAAGUUCUAUAAGAAUGCCAGUCAUCUCCAUUGAACUGUGUAAUAAAAAUAAAGGAAAAAUGGUUGCCUUUGGUUGGUAUUCUCAAUAAAUCAUAAAGAGA